UGAAGGUUCAGUGGGCGUCCUCCAAUCCCACGACCGAGCCAGCUUCCUCUUCUGCACCCGGGAACUCGAGAGCAGAUUUCAAUGAGCUAGCGGCCUCUAGAGGACAAAAGCCAAUCCUGCAGGUGUCCUCGUGGGCACCGGGUCGGUAGAGUCCUCUGUAGCACAAUGAAGAGAAACGGUUCCUGCCGGUUUUGCCUCCCGAACCCGCAGGAGGGCCAGAGCCAAUGCCACGCUCCCUCCUGAAUCUCCGGCUCAGACUGGAGACUUCCCACAAACAGAAUGCGAACCUGCGCUGUGUUACUCACCCAGCAAACCAUGCAGCUGUGCUGUUAACAGGGGAGACACUCGGGAACACCCAUGCUAAGCUACCUUGACCUCUUAAGAGCCUUGAACACAGUGUGCUAGUCUUAACCUUCAUGAAAAGGGUCCCCCCCCCCCCCCCCCCCCCCCCACUGGAGAAAGACACAAUGACGUCCAUUACAACUCAUCUUGUACUCCAUUCCUGUCUUGAAAGCAAGGUACAGAAAUGUGUGUAGUCUAUACUGAGUACAUGGUCAGUGCAUUCAGUACUGCAAGCUGGGUAAGGCUGAAAGAGUUUUAAUGGCUUCAGUGACGCACAGCACCUUUCACACUAAGAGAUCCGGUUUUCCCAUUCAAAAGAACUUCAAAUUCUAAAUGUAAUGGCUUCUGGCCCACCAACCCACCCCUUCUGUUUUUAUGUGCUGUUUGUGAGCAUGACUCAUGCCGCUACAAUAGGUUUUAUUCCAUAGCUGUCUUCGAUUUCUUCAUACUACAAAGUCCCAUAAGGCAGUUCAUCUUUAUAAUAUGGUUAUUGUGAGUCAGUAUUCUGCCGAGAACCCCAAGUGAUAUAAAAUCCCUAAUAUUCCGUUUAGGAAUUAUUCUCUCAAAUACAAAUUGGGCAACAAAUGACAAACUGAAACAUCUGGGUUUGCUACUGGGAAAAAAUGCAGUGCUUACACAAAGGAAACCUUGAGAUAAAAGUUAAGACUAAACAAGAUUGGAAAUGCCUUGGGGGAUAAUAAUCCCUGGGCUGUGCAAGGUUUUGCAUUCGUUCAUUUUCCGAGUGCUACAGGCGAAUGUCCACACACCACUAACUGAACACAUCAAGCUUUUCCAUUUUGAAGUACAUUUCUUUUACGUGGGCAUAAGAUGGAUAAAACCGUGGUCCUUAUUACUGGCUGUUCCUCAGGAAUAGGACUGGGGUUGGCUGUGAGACUGGCUUCAGACACCUCAAAGGCAUUUAUUGUCUAUGCUACGAUGCGCAACUUAUCCAAGAAGGAGCGUCUCCUGGCGUGUGUGAGGGGCUGCCACGAGGAUACCAUGGAGAUUCUGCAGAUGGACAUCACUGACCAGCUGUCCAUCCAGGCUGCCAAGCAGAGGAUAAAGGAGAAGAAGGUGGACAUUCUAGUGUGCAAUGCUGGAGCUGGACUCAUGGGCCCUGUGGAGGCACAGUCCUAUGAAAACAUGAAGCAGAUCUUCGACGUCAAUCUGUUCGGGACUAUCUGCACCAUCCAGGCGUUCCUGCCGGAAAUGAAGAAGAGGAAAUCUGGGAGGAUCAUCGUCACUGGCAGUGUGGGGGGCCUGCAUGGGAUUCCUUUCAACGACGUGUACUGCGCCAGUAAAUUUGCAAUGGAGGGGUUCUGCGAGAGCUUGGCCAUACUGCUACAGCAUUUUAAUAUCCAUAUCAGUCUGAUUGAGUGUGGUCCUGUGAAUACGAACUUCAUGACCAACCUCCAGAGGACAGACCCUGAGGACCCCAGGCUGCAGCACAUCGACCCCGAGACCAGGCAGCUGUAUCAGAAAUACCUGCAGCAUUGCGAGAGAGUCUUCGAGGAAGCUGCGCAGGACACAGAGGAGAUUGUGCAGGUGUUCAUGGAUGCUAUCGGGGCUCAAUUCCCUUCCUUCCGUUAUUACACAAACGGCACCUUUCUGCCCCUCACCAAGCUCAAGCUGUCAGUCGACGAUGGGUCGCAGUACAUCAAAGCAAUGAAUAAGUUUGUUUUUUCUACACACAAGACGGGGGACUUUUAAACGGAAGGUUCCCAGCUGCACGUCUUCCGGUUUGUUUUCUACCCAUUCUAUAAACAGUUUAAAUAUUGUAUUACAGUGCCUCUUGUUAGCAUGUGCUGGUGUAAACAAAUAUUGCUUCCCACAAAUAUUUAUACCCCCAGGGGAAUGAAUAUUGGUUCCCAGCAGCGAACAUUUGUUUCCCCAAUUCAUGCAUAUUUGUUAUGUGUCCUGUCUUUAUGUAAAUUCUGCAUGUAUAAUUCUGGUAAAUGGGAGCAAUGUUUGCAGGCUGUUCUCAUGUAUUAGUAUAGGUGAGACUGGACCUGUCA